CUCUGUGUUUGUCAAAUUUUUAAAAAAAAAUCCCAGAUAAUAAGACUUCAUUUUUUACUGAACAGAACAAGGUCCGCUCCACAACCACAACCGCAACUCCCUUCUCAGAUUCCAAAAUCUCCAUUCUUUCCCGGCCUCUGCACUCUUCCCUCUCAGGUGGUGGCUGUCAAACCCUAAUUUUGGCUGCUGUGAGGUUUGGGGGAGAAUUGGGGUUUUUUUUUUUUCCCUUUUCUUUUUGUGAUGGAAUCUGAAGAAGGAAAAAGCAAUGGUGAUAGCAUGGAGUUCACUAGGGCAGCUCAAUGCUCCAAGAAUGAAGCCAACGGUUUUGAAUUUGCGAUAUGCAAUGAUGUUGCCAAGAGCAGCUCCUCAGGGGCAAGUGAGGGUAUUCGGACUUACAAGAGGCGGAGGCGUGAGAGGUGGAGUUGGGACAGCAAAUCACAGGAAGAUGGGAGAGCUAAUGGGGAAUCUUGGAGUCAAAUGGUGGACCAGCGUCUAAAGCAACCGGUGGGCCCGGUUAUACACAACACCUCUUCUGAGCAAGUCCAUCUUCGAAUAAAUAGUUCUGAUGAUUGCUCAGAGAGAUACUGGAGAAAUGCCGUACUGGAGCACAUGUGUCAGUCAAUAAGUGAUGAUGAAGGUGGUGUACAGGUGUGCAUCAGAGAAGCCCUGGGCCAUCUUCGACAGAUUGAUCAUACACUGCCUAAGGAAUUUGGUGAACAUAAUGAGGAUCGGCACAAGUGUUUUCUGCCAGUACGGUCAGUCUGGAAUGGACCUCAUAAUGUAGCCAGUGGGCAGGAGGAUGUUAUAUCUAAUGGCUCUUCAAGUAAAUCAAAGCAUCAUACAGUCACUUCGACGUGCCAACAUGCUUUUUUCAAUAUCUUAGUCUCAGAGAAGUUUGCUUUAUUGUGCAAACUGCUGUUACAAAAUUUUCAAGGAAUCAAGGCUGACAGCAUUUUUGACCUUAAACACAUAAACUCAAGGAUGAAAAGUGGAGUUUAUGAAGAUUCACCGUUGCUCUUCUCAAAGGAUAUGCAACAGGUAUGGAGAAAGCUUCAAGGGGUUGGUACGGAAUUGAUUUCCCUUGCAAAAAGCCUCUCGGACAUGUCAAGGAGUUGCAAGGACCAGGUCGGAGGUUCAGGCUACAGCACGUUUGAAGUUGGGAAAAAUGAGUUCCACACCUUGGAAUCUGACUCUUAUCCUAAACUGGAGCAGACAGAGGAUUGUGGUGUAUACACAGUAUACACUUGCAGGCACUGUGGAGACAAGGCAAAUGGGAAUGAUUGUCUAGUAUGUGAUUCCUGUGAGGAGAUGUACCAUGUAUCUUGCAUUCAGCCUGCUGUCAAAGGCAUUCCUACAAAAAGUUGGUAUUGUGCAAGUUGCACUGCUUGUGGUAUUGCAUCACCACAUGAGAAUUGUGAAGUGUGUGAAAGGCUGAUUGCCAGCAAAAGUCUAGUUGAUGGUGUUGGUGGUGAAAAUGUUCCUACAAAUGAGGAAACAGUUGAGUUGGGAGAUAACUCAAAUUAUAGUACAGAUGAUGGAAUUCAACUAUCUGAAGAGAAUGGCGACUUGAACCUUUGCAAAGUUUGUGGAGUUGUGGUAGUAAAGGGUGAGACGGUGAAAAUAUGUGGUCAUCCAUACUGCAUGAACAAGUACUACCAUGUGAGGUGUCUGACGACAGGGCAGUUGAAGCUGUAUGGUCCACGUUGGUACUGCCCUUCUUGUCUAUGCAGAGCUUGUCUCACUGAUAAAGAUGAUGAUAAGAUUGUUCUUUGUGAUGGCUGCGAUCAUGCGUACCAUAUCUAUUGCUUGAACCCACCACUCUGUUCCAUUCCAAAAGGAAAAUGGUUUUGCAGAAAAUGUGAUGCAACAAUUCAGAUGAUACGCAGAGCAAAAAGGGCUUAUCAAAAAAAUGAAAAGCAACAGGAUAAGAAAAGUGAAGGAUCAAUUAAGUGGAAUGAAAAAGUUGAUGAUGGGGAAUCAGAACAAGGUAGGGGGGGAAUGGAUGUGCUUCUGCAUGCAGUCAAGACUCUAGAUCAUGAAAAGAAUAUGGCUGCUACUGAGAUAAUGAGAAAUUUUCAGGACAGACAGAAUUUGUAGCGAUUUAGACUUUGAUUUUGAUACACUGGAAGGCUAAGAUUUUCUGUUUUGGUCUUUUGUUUGAGGGGGAUAUUCCAAGUGAAAGAUUUGAUGAUGGGGAAUCAGAAAAAUGUAGAGAGGCUUUUAAGCAGGGUAUCUGCGACAACUGCCUGGCAUGGAUGCUUUUCUAGAUGCAGUCAAGACUCUAGAUCAUGAAAGGAGAUGAAGUGUUAACAACAUGAAAUUUCCAGGACUGACUACUUUUCUGAGAGUAACGAUUUUGAUUUUGUAGUUAUAUUACUCUAGGCUAAGAAUUUUCUUUUUUGCUGCCUUGUUUUGGGGGGUAUUUUUGUAGGUUGUGAACUCUGUUAGAUUCUGCUGACUUUGGAUACAUAACACAGCAAAAGACAUGAUUCUAAAGGCUGUAUAUGUUGCUUGUUCCUUGUGAAAGUGCACGAUUUGAGAAAAGGACAUAGCAAUUGGGUAGAAUGACCAUUUUCAGAACCACCAUUGAACAUACUGGUGGUUUGUAACGUUGUACUGUGUAAGUAGUUACUUUAGAAGGGGUAUCUGAAAGUAGUUCUUACUUGUGUUGUGAAACGAAGACAGUUCUUCAAAGUGAUAGAUACUUCAAUGAUUUCUGAUUCUUAAUCAUAUA